GUUCCAUUGUUUAAGGACCUGUACUCACUCAGGGGUGGUGUAUUAACAAGACAACGUCGUCCGUCCGUCCGCCGCCUUCAGCCGAACUUAUGCAAUCAUGUGUGGAAUCUUGGAGAAUUAGAGAGCUGCAGCUUGCCGAUAACGAUAAUUAUCAUGCCAUCCAAUUCAACAUUGUAUAAAAAAAAACUGUGGCCCCCAUUGGAUCAGGUUUACUAAGGUUAGAUACUGUUAAACUGGUUGAUCCUUGCCGACCUCACUACCCCCUACACACAAGCAACUAUGUCGGCAAAACUUCAGGCUGAUGCUGCAUUCGAGGCCACAGUUCGAGGCUUCCUGCGCCGGCAACGUGUAGCGCCCACGCCUUUACCUACCGACUUGCGUCUCACAGACCAAACCGCCAUCGUCACGGGAAGCAAUGUAGGCCUUGGUCUGUCGGCGUCCAGGCAGCUGCUGGAAAUCGGGCUCUCCCAUCUGAUCAUGGGCGUGCGUUCCCAGGCCAAAGGCGACGCAGCAGCGAGCCAGCUGCGCAAAGACUUCCCGGACUCCCGGGUGUCCGUCUGGAUUCUUGACAUGGAAUCAUACGAAUCCAUCCGCCAAUUCGCCGACCAGUGUGCAUCCUUGCCGCGCCUUGAUAUCGUGAUCCUCAACGCCGGCUUGAUGAUGACGUCAUAUACUCCUGCUGCGGCCACCGGCCACGAGAUUACGAUGCAGGUCAACUACCUCUCGACGGUGUAUCUGUCUCUGCUUCUGGUUCCCAUCCUCAAGUCUAAGAAGAUCCCCGGCGCCUCCAGACCGCCCGUUCUCAGUGUCGUGGGGUCCGAUUCGGCGUACAUCGCUUCACUAAAGACAACGAACCCGGUACUGCCGCAGUGUGAUGACCCCAAGGAGUACUGGGUUGAGACCGCGUACAUGAGGUCGAAGCUGCUGCUCGUAUUUUUCGUUGCGAAGCUCGCCGAGCUUGUCAACCCGAACGAUGUCCUGAUCAACGUAUCGAAUCCCGGUUUGACUGGAGGAACAGCCCUGGGUGAUAAACAGCCCUAUAUAGUACAGAAGAUCUUUGGCGUUAUUCAUUACUUCUUAGCGAGACCGCUCGAUGUUGGUGCUUCUGUGUACCUCAACGCGGCUUUAGUCCAAGGCGUCGAGAGCCACGGGAGUUUCAUCAGCGAAUGGACAAUCAAGCCAUUCCCACCAAUUUUGUACACGGAAGAAGGACGUGAGAUUGGGGAAAGACUGGUAGAGGAGACCAUGAAGGAGUUGAAGCCUGCUGGCGCCUCGUUACCUUGAACAGCGUAUUGCAAGAGUAUACUGUGGUCUGAAUUGUCGCGUAUUGAAUAGUUGUUAAUUUGAUGUUCAGUUCAGCGUCUUGGUCAAUGCAGCAU